AUGUCUUCGAUCGUCUCAGAGGAAGAUGCUGCUUCUAUCAGCGCACCAUCGACUGGCCCCGAUGACUCCUACCGUUAUGGAACGCGCUACGAAGGUGAAGUCAAAGGAGACGUUAGAGCGAGGCGGCCAUCAAGGCCGUCAACCUCGCAAAACCCGCGGAGGCAGAAAAAAUCAGAUGAGCGCCCUGAGGAAGGAAAGGUUCCAGGCACCAACAAGCACUACAAGCACUAUGACCUUGGCACGAAUGCAUCUGAAGUGUACAUGGAGUUCCCAGAUGGUUUGAGAAGAGGAGUAAUGCCGCCCCCGAACAAACGCGUGUACAGAGACAUCGUGUUGGCGCCAACUGAGUCUGAUGGCACGAGCCGGGCCACUGGCGGUCAUCAAACAAAGCCAGGCUUUGAAGAACUUCAGGAACUGCGAAAUGUUUAUGGGUCUCGCAGCCGGCAUCCAGUUGCGAAAGCUCUCCACAUGCCUUCCGUGGGGCAAUAUUCCCUCACCGAAGACAGCGAAACAGACGAAGCUGUUCCGGCGAAGAAAGCCACAGCACGUCGAGCUCGCCGGCCCGCAACAAAUCGUAGGGCAAAUUCUGCAGCGCCUCCUGAGGAUGGUGCCGGCGAGAAAGACGACUCAGAUGAUGACGGCGGAGACAAUAAAGUAGGCGAACAUAACCGUCUCGACGUUACCACGUAUCCAUUAUCGGAUAUCAACCAAAUCUUCAGCCUCAUUACCGAACAUGCCGUUAAUGAAGGUUUGUUGGAAGCCUCAACGGUCUUCGGGGAACAAGGCAUCAAGGUCGUCACUAUGUGCUCCGGCACAGAAGCACCUUUCGUCGCGCUCGAUCUUAUCCGAAAGUCGCUGCUCUCAUCCGAGGAACGCGAGAGAUUCAAGUAUCAACAUCUGGGCAGUGCUGAGAUCGAACCUUGGAAGCAAGCCUUCAUCCUCAGAAACUUCAACCCGCCAAUCAUAUUCCGAGAUGUCACGGACUUCGAGAAUCAUGCAGCCAACCCAGAAGACGAGGAUUGCUACCCUGUCACAGCCUAUGGAAAACGUGUCGAACCUCCUCGAGGUGCCCAUAUUCUGGUUGCUGGCUCUUCUUGCGUGGACUACUCUGCCCUGAACAAAGUCAAAUCUCAAUGGAAAGGAGAACGAGGCGAAGGCGAGUCGGCCAGAACAAUGAAUGGCAUCGGCGCCUACGCCAAAAUGUACAAACCCACUGUGAUCAUCAUCGAGAAUGUCGCCGGAGCCCCGUGGGAAAUGAUCAAGAUCUUCUGGUCCGAAAAAGGAUACGAAACGGUCAUUGUGAAGUUGAGCACGGUCGACUAUUAUCUGCCACAGACUCGCCAACGGGGAUACUUAUUCGGCGUGCACAAAGACAUUGCAGACCUGGCCGGAUUCGACAUUCAGCAAGCUCACAAGGAAUGGAUCCACUUGAUGGCUGGUUUCCAGCGUCGGGCAUCAUCCCCAUACUCAGAUUUUUGCCUCGACGAAGACGACUCACGCCUGCAAUCGCUUAGUCACGUUGUCACAGACAAGUGGAAGAGAGGAGGCUCUACUGACUGGGUCCAGUGCCGAAAGCGACACGUGCAGGAGCGUGUAACGAACAAGCUCGGAAGCGGUACCCCAUUCACCAAACGCCGAGGGCAUUCGCAAGCCCAAGUCGACGACUAUGCUGACCAAGCGUGGGCACUCAAGCAGAGCAAGAGAGUCCUGGACAUGUUGGAUAUCCGUCACCUCGACGACGUCGCUAGACGAGACUUCGAUAUGCGGUUCAAGCAUAGAAAUAUCAAUGUCUCGCAGAAUGUUGACCGAGAUCGAGACAAUCGCCAAUGGGGCAUCGUUGGUUGCGUUACACCUAGCGGCUGUCUCUUCGAGACGCGUAGAGGUGGCCCACUCACUGGUCUGGAAAUUCUCGGACUGCAAGGAUUUCCCACUGGAGAUCUUCAGCUUGAGAAGUACACAUCGAAUCAGCUCCAGGACCUCGCCGGAAACGCGAUGUCGACGACCGUCAUUGGCCCAGCGAUCCUCAGCGCUAUCAUGGCAUGCUUCCGCGUCCAUGAGGACAAUGAUGGAGAAACACAAAUCUUCGAGGUGACAAUGGACGAGUAUCACGACUCGAACGAGGACCAGUCCAUGGAGGAUGCGCCCCUGAGGGAAGCAUUCGAUGAACGAGAGUUGGAGACGAAUCCGAAUUGCAAAGCUCUCGUACCGCUCAAGGAAGAGUUUCCACAUAUCCGCGCUACGGAGGAAGGCCCAUACUCUCUGGUAAGCGUCGUGGAAAAAGCCCGCGAUCUCCAACCGCUAUGCCGUUGUGAAGGCCUUCACCGCCGCACUUCAGAAGAAAUUAUCUAUUGCCCAGAUUGCUAUUACACAUGCUGCAAGGGGUGCAGUAGAGACACACACGGCCACAAGGCGUUGAGCAAACUGGAAAUCUCAACAUCCCAUCGCCCAGUUGCCGCUACCUUUGCGAAGCUCUUGAUUAAUAUUCUACCUGCCGCGCUGCAAAAUCACAACGCGAGUGCCUCGUUGCCCUCUUUCACCGAGUCAUCUGCUGAAGAAAUCGAGCCCCGAGUCUCAGAAGCACUUCAGAGUCAAGUACAUUUUCAAGGCGUCAAAUUUGAGGGUUCCUGGAAAGCACUAUACGAAUCAGAGCAUGCCCUGCUGGAGCUCGAGUUCGUCCCACAUCGUCACAUGUGCGACCCUUGUGAAGAACACGAGAGACCGCAUCUCCACCUUGACGUCGCGCCGGUGUGGUUGCUCUUCGCGAAAGCUCCAGCAACGGAGCCCGUGAAGAGCAAGAUGCGAAAGUUGUUCAGACAUCCUAUUGCUAGAAUGACGCCAGAUGACAAUCUUUUCAGCGGCAGGUGGAAGCUCUGGGAUGGUCCGACACAGUCUUCGAAGGUUCACAUCAUCCGAGCAGGUGAGCAGGUCGCUUCGUGGGAACGGAGACUCGGACUUGAACAGGUGCCCUUUCGAGACCUGAACUCAUUUUCUGCUAUUGAAGUCAGCCCCUCGACUUCUGUCAACGUCAAAGCACAUUCGCUAGUUGAAGAAAUUGCAGGAAUAUACGAGCUUCUUCCACAUUGUCCUGCACCAAACGGCACACUACACCGGAGAGUGAGUAGCUCCGCACCUGGGAAAGCACCUUCGUUCCUCUCUCUGCAGUCUAAACCUCUGCAAGACGGUCGUCUCGAUCGCGUUGUGUUCUCAAAUCAACCUUUCCGACCAAUUGAAAUUGAUGAUAGAACGGUGCUGGCAGCCCUCGAUAGAACAUGGAGACCCGUCGCUACUGCCGAGGUGUAUGAGGGUGAAGAGGUCCUGUGUGAUCCUGUCAGCCUGUGGUCGGACUGUCCAGCCCAAGAACUUCAGAUGCCUAGAGACGAGAACACUGUCUGCAAGUGGGUUCUGAGAAAGGAGGCUGACCCCGUGGCUGCUGCCGCCUGCGUCAAUGCUCUGUCCACGAUCUUGCUCCUUGACUUAACUUGCGACGCUAACGCCAGAGCGAGACUGGAAAAUCGUCGAGAAAUGUGCAUUGUUCUGGAACGCAAACCUCAAGCAUUGAGCGAUUUUGGUUGGAUUCUCUCUCACGCGGCAAGCAUCCCGCAUCCCUGGGAUGAAUGGCAAAACAUCGACUUCUCAGAGGCUGUGGAGUGCGCAACUUGUUCACCUGCACAGCCCUGUAUUAAAUGGCUGCUGAAAAAGUCUGGCGCCAGCGAAACCGUCAAGGCCGUGGAGAGUCCACUUGAAGCUGCAGAAUACGAGAAUGCUUUAUGCAACAGACCCAACCCAGCAGUGGCACUUCUCCGGGAUGUUGACGGCAAGGCAUUACUUGACGUCAAGAUCAACAUAAAGACACUUGCCCAUCGCGCGGUCGCUCCGUUUCUCGUCAACCUCUCCCCGGGUUCUGAACUGCAAUCUCUGCAAUGGCGCCUGGAUCCUUACAAUCAGUUCAGUCCUAACCCGAAGUUUGCUCUGCCAAAGCUUCUGUCCAACAAGCUUGACAAGGUCGAUAAGAGCCUGAAAGAGAAGAUCGACCUAAAACGGGACUUGUGGAAGUCGCAGCUCCAGGCUCUCGCAUGGAUGAUUGAACAAGAGACCUCUCCCAAGGCAUGGGACGAAAUGUCUUUGACUGAAUCCUGCUUACCGGCGCUUGGGUGGAGACUGGAGGCCAAAGCACUCUUUCGCAAGCACAACGUUCGCGGCGGAGUCAUUGCCGACGAAGUUGGAGCAGGAAAGACGACUACCUCUCUCGCUCUCGUCAAAUACGACUACCAACGAUCUCAGACAGCGACCUCGACAGGAGCCGAGUCGGAUGAGGACGAUGGCAGACCGCACAUAGGGAAGUUGGAGACCAACGCCACGCUCAUACUGGUGCCCAAAAACAUUCUCAGCCAGUGGGAAGGCGAAGUUGGGAAAUGCCUCAAUUGGCACAAGCUUCGACCUACCGAGAAGCAUGGACUUGAACAGAGAGCUCCUUACUACAUUACAAUCAAGGACGUGCCGGAUUUGCAGAAGUACUCUCACGAACAGGUCAAAUCAGCCACCAUUGUUCUUGCCGCUUGGGACCUGCUCGGCCAUAAGAGUUAUUGGAACUACCUUCGCAAGAUCGCUUGCUCUGCUUGCACUCCCGAAGAUCCCGGACGUGCUUUUGAAGAGUGGUUGAAGGAGACUCUGCCUUGUCUCGACACCUGCGUCGAAGGACUAAAGAGGAGUGUCGCCGAUUUUUGGACGUCAUGGGACAAUGUCAGACAGCGGACGGAAACCGAUCACAAGUAUGAGAACUUUGAAGGCUUCCUGACGCGGCAGGCCAAGCGGGCCAUGAUGGCCAAAGAGCGUUCCGACGCGAAGAACAAGGCUGGCAAAGCCACUGGCACUACAGGCAACAAGGCACCUCAAGACAAGGAAGCCGUGGACGCUCGAAUCAAGGAAACAGCUCUCCAGAAAUCUCGGGAUGAACUAGACGGAUUCCGACGAGAUGCACAUCACCAAGGCCAACCCAUGCCUCCUCCUGUGCUGCUCCAUAUGUUUGCAUUCCGUCGCCUCAUUGUCGACGAAUACACAUACAUUGAGGGCGAAACGCUACUGGCGUUGCUCCAACUUGACGCAGCUAGGAGAUGGAUGUUGUCGGGAACGCCCGCCAUCCAGGCAUAUGACAGCCUCAAUACGACGGCAAAGCUGAUUGGCACCCAGCUUGCCGCGUAUGACGAGCACGAAGGGAAGUUCGGGUUCGGGAAGGACGCCACGAGGAUGACGCGCGACAAGUCUCAUGGGCAGGAGAUUCAGUCAUACCAGAACGUGGCGUCCGCUGCCUUCAAGGAAGCGGUGUACGAACGUGCGAGCGUCUUCUCGCACCAGUUCAUCCGCAAGAACGAGCCCUCCCAGGGGCGGGCUGAGGUGUCGACCUGUUUGUCGCAGGUCGCCCUCAGCCCAUCGGAGUGGAUCACCUGCUCCGACGUUCAAUCCUUGGCGAUGGACCCAGAUCGACCCUUCGGCAAGCCCCAGCCGACCACGAAGGUCGACAUGAACAAGGAAGUCCCUGCCAGCAUUUGGCAGUUGACAGACUUGGUCGAGCGGACGGCCUCUCCACAAGACGCCCGCAUCUGCUCCAGUUUCAUGCUGGAAGAGAUAUGGCCAGUAGUCCGUGGGGACGCUGGUCGUAGUCUCGACCGACAACUCAUCGGUGCUGAAAAGCACCGCAUGAAACAAAUCAUCAUGGAGCAGACAGAGCAUGUCCGCGCCCGAACCAGCGAGCUUCUCCCGCUCCUCCAGGAGCUUUGGCACAUGCACCGCUUGGUGCGCCAUGGGGACAAAGAAGCUGCCGCCAGCUUCACCGGCCUUAGGGCCAGUGUCAGCAGCGGCACGCUAGCGGACAUGCAUGCGGUCGCCGUCGUGGAGAGUCUGCUCGGAUACGCCCGAGAGAAUGAGGCUGUGCCGUCCUCAUUGCUCUCGAAGACCAAGAAGAACCCGGACGGUGCCGGUCGCGUGAACCUGCCGUGGGAUGCGGCGGAGAUGGGGAACGCGGCCGUCGCUGUCAAGGAGUUCGACUUGCGGAUAGCGCAGGUAGAGAAUCACGUUGAGAUUCUCAUGCGGGGCCUGCGUCGUCUGCGCCUGUUGAAGGCGGUCUUGGGCGCAUUCGAGCAGAGGCUGGGCGAAUGCUCUGGUUGUGGCGCUGCGCUGGCGUGGGAGGCGGCUGUUGUCUCGACGUCGUGUGGCCACGUCGUCUGCGGCGAGUGUGCCUCCGAGGCAUGCUGCGCGGCAGGCGAGGUCGGCGACGUCGUGCCCGUCUCCCGGUUCGCCGUCUCCUACGUCGGCGCAGAGGUUCCCGGCACGGUGACGUGCUCUCGACUCCGUCUCGCGGUGUCCCUCGUCCAUGGGGCCAUCGCGGCCACCGACUCGGUGUUGGUGUUUGCCCAACACAAAGGCAUCAAAAACGCCUUCAUCGAGGCGUGUGGUGAGGCAGGCAUUACCUGCCUUGACGGUUUCGAGGCCGGAUCCGCGGCGAGGGCUGUGGAGGCCUUCCGCGCGGCCGCGCCUGCCUGCCUUGUUCUCAAGGUGGACAGUGCCGACGCGGCCGGUUGGAACCUCCAGAGCGCCAACCACGUGGUGUUCUUGUCGGUGCCGGUGCUGGGUUCGGUGGCGGAGGAGGAGGCCACCAGGGAGCAGGCUGUUGGCCGGUGCUGGCGUCCUGGUCAGACGAAGCAGGUCUUCGUCUACCAGGUCGCUGCCGCCGAGACCGGCGAGCUUGAGCUGGUGGUCCGAGAGCGGGGCUCAACGGCGUGA